UGCACUCCGACACCGUCCAGCCGAAUCUCAGAGAUGAGGAGUUCUCACGGUGGGUUUGGAUUAUGAAACCGAGAUGAAUUACCCCGGGGAACCGCACAACUCCAGAGCGACGCCAAUGCGCAGGAAAGCGUCCGUAUAAUGACACAUCUAAGCGCGUGAACACUCGGACCAACGUGCCACUCCAGGUAGACUCAUAAACUGCUGCAGAAUAAUAUUCAAUCAGCAUUUGAUAUCAAAGAUAUUCCGGAAAAGCCUAGACAAUGCGUCCAGGGGUGUUGGGAAUGAUAUGUAUUUGCCCAAAGUAUGGCUGUAACAUUUAGGUGCAUUUACAUUACCGACCUGAAAGAGCUUUAAAGCUGAACAUCUGAAGGUGGAUCUGGUCCAAAAUGAUGAUGCAAAUGCUUUAACACCUAUAUGCUACUUUCAAGUUAACUGAAGACCCAGAACAGGUGUUGGAUUACAAACGCAACAGGAACAUAAUAAUUAUAUGGCUUCAGACACAUGUUUACAGCUCUUUUUACCUGUGGAAUACAUUUUUGAUGAACUAAAGAAGAGUAUUUCAAUCAAACAAAGUAAUUUAAGUGAAGUCUGAUGCGAUUGGCUUCCAUUCAUUCAAUCAGACUAAACUAAAGAAACAAAUUUAGCCUGCAGUGCGAUUAGAUUUGUAUUCAUUACAACUGAGUACUGAUAUUUCUUCAUGCAUUUUUUUUUUUUUUUGUAGGGUUUGUUCCAAACUCCUGACUCCUGAAUUUCAACCUUAAAUUAACGAUUCAAGUUCGGAAAUAUCCCCUUGAAUGUUUAGCAUUUAAAAAUGUAGAUGUAUUGUAAAUAUGUAAACUGUUCUUAGGUUGCCUUGCCGGCAGGGACUGAUAAAUAAAACCUCACACAGAAUAACAGAAUUGAACAAAGUCGUUUAGACGAAGACACCUGACUGAGUCUGCACCAUAAUAAUAACCAUGGCUUUUGUGCAAUCACUUCUCCAUAUUCUAUGCUAAAUGUAGCCUGGAGCGUGUCACUGGACUUUAUUUCCCCUAUUUUUGGCUGAGGUAUGAAUGCUGUGCGGUCACGGGAUGCUGAAGAGCCGCUGUUGUGUCCUCCUCAGUGAACUCAAGCUGUUUCUGCUCAGGCCACCGGCUCCUACAGGCCCCAUGAGCGGACAAACGAACAGAAUCCCUCCUUUUGCUGCCUCGGAUAAUAGCAACACCCUACGGGCACACCGGCUCCGACACUGGAGUACCCCAUCCACAGAGGACAGUGUUGGGCUAGAGGCAGUGACGGAUGGGUCGGGGUGGACGGGCACUGCAGAGGACCUCUACCCAGUGGCCGAUGAGUUCUCAAUGGACAGAAGGGAUGAGAGGUUUUCGUUCAUCAGUUAUGCUGAAGGGACUCCCGUGUGCAGGAUAUGCUUCCAAGGGCCGGAGCAGGGCGAGUUGUUGAGUCCGUGUCGCUGCAGUGGGUCGGUUCGCAGCACUCACCACCCGUGUCUCAUUAAGUGGAUCAGUGAGAGAGGCUCGUGGACGUGUGAACUCUGUUACUAUAAGUAUCAGGUCAUCGCCAUCAGCACCAAGAACCCGCUGCAGUGGCACGCUAUCUCCCUCACGGUUAUAGAGAAGGUUCAGAUUGCAGCGGCAAUCUUGGGAUCCUUGUUUCUUAUCGCCAGUAUCUCAUGGCUGGUCUGGUCUUCUCUCAGCCCUUCAGCCAAGUGGCAACGACAAGACCUGCUCUUCCAGAUCUGCUAUGGGAUGUACGGCUUCAUGGAUGUGGUCUGCAUUGCUCUAAUAGUCCAUGAGGGGCCUGCAGUUUUCCGCAUAUUUCAUCGAUGGCAGGCCGUCAAUCAACAGUGGAAAGUUUUAAAUUACGACAAGAUGAGAGACAGUGAGGAGCUGAAGAAGAGCGAGGAAUUGACUCGAUCGCUCAUUCACCAGGGAGAGCAAACCAGAGAGGACAUUUCGCCCUCAUCGCUAUUGGCUGCUGCUGGUACGCCAGUUACCGUUACAACGGCAACCACACACUCCAACGCGGCCGGGCCGGAUUCUACGGGAACAUACCAGAGCGACGGGGCAGCUCCACCCGAGCAACACUGUCCGUAUAACAUCCUUCAUUUAUGGAGUCAUCUGCGGCCUCACGAGCCAUGGAGCCCCGUCAGUACAGGCAGCACUAACACUAACAAACCUAGAGAACUGGUUAUGAGAGUCACCACUGUGUGAGGACGCGUC